CCCCGGGAGACCGUCCCGUUUCCUUACAAUGCAACCACCUGUUGUUUGCGGCCCGGUCGCUGACGACCUCACAACCGUGUGUAAACAAAUUCCUCUCUUUCCGUCCUUGCUGUGUACUACUUCCGAAACUUCGUCCUGACCAACGUUCCUGACAUUGGUUUCCAUGACGAUGCGCCAGGGACAACAAAAACAGUUUUCUUCAAGGCAGCGGUCCGAGCUGGAACGUAAGGACGUUUCGUUCUCGAAAAAGUGUCCUUUUCUUAUUAAACUAAUGUACAAAUUAAAGAAAAAUUAUGUCCAAUCGGUACAAAUUUGUUUACAACGCGUGUGUUGAGUUCUUCGGUGUGACAACACUGGAGAAUGGUGACGUCAUCAAGGAGUUCCUUGACAACGAGGAUGUUACCGUGCUGGCAGCCGUAUCCGUCGAUGGCGAAGUGCUACUGCAAAACACUGUUCCGAUCGAGAACCAGUAUGGUUUGCUGUUUUACAAGAUACCGAACCUUGAUUUCAGUGGCCACACUGGAGCAGCCAAGAUUGGAUUACUCACGCUUGAAGGUGGAUUGGCCAAGUCUAUCUACAACUCACUGCAGCGCGUGUUUUCCCCCUACAUACUGAAGAAAUGUGAAUAUCCGGCGGAGAUUCGUACCUUGCUGCAGAAUCUUCACUCCAGUCUGGGACUAUCGUUGGGACUUACAGAGUCCGGGAUUCUUUCACUUCACGAUGAGGUUAGCUUUUGGAUGCACAAAACGAAAGCACUGCCGAUCAAGGCGGACCGGGAAGCGGCUCGAUCGUUUGCAACGAUUUUGGAGCGAAUUAGUCAACAGUUCGGCGACAAUGAGGCAAUGAGCUUGAAUAAGCUGGACGAAAUGAUCGACGUUUGUCAGUCUGCGCUGGACGAAAUAUGGCGCUUGCCAAAUCAUUAUCCACAAAACCGAAUGUGUAGCAUCUUUGAUAUGAUCUCCGUACGAGUCGUAAAUUCCUGUACGGAGCAUUUGACGGAGCUAGAUGUGUGGGAUGUUGGGACGGUUUCGUUGGAUGACGCGAUUGGUCAUGUGAAGGAAACACUCGAUUCUUGGAUACAAACAUUCGAUUCGUUGACCCGCUUGUUUUGGCCCAACUGUGAGCCUCACCCUUGGUUGGGAGAACCGUACCGAUCGAAGCUUUUGCUUAAAUUUCAAACCAGAUAUAAAGAGAUUUUAGAAAUACGUCACGUGAAAGAUCUGCUUUAUGCAUUGUUCUUUGAAAGUGAAAAAUAUUUCCCGCUAGCGAACGAAGUCGCUUUACCUUUUCAUGGAAUAAAUAUUUAUGAUCUAACACCGCUCGGGAACAAACGUUGGGAAACGGCAAAAGCCAAAAUGGAGCAUGCACUCGCCAAGAUUGAUGAAAGUGCGGCAUUCAUACUGCAGCAGAAAAUCCUCGAAACCAGCGGUAAUCCUCGCCACACGGUGAUGGUAUUUAAUCGUUACAAGGAAAUUCUAACCCGUCCGCUGAUCAUGGAAACGCUUGCCUCAGAACGCAAUCAAGUAUUUCGUGGCAUCGAUACGAUGAUACGUGAGCUGCGCGAAAUGCUUAACUCUACGAACUUUACUGAGAGCAACGUGACCCCGAUUGUCGCCGAAACGCGCUGCUAUAGGGUGGUAGAGGACGAACUGGUACAGCUUGAAUCGAUCGUUAGUGCCCUGUGUCGUGACCGGGAUGGACAAGCGGAAGCGCUGAAGCGAAUUACCGAGUUCAAGGAGGAAAUGCAGGCUCUCAUCCGAGGUAACUUUGAGACGUGGACAGAAAACUCUAUGAUGGCCAUACGGGAUGGAGUGUUGAGCUUGAGAGAAAACCAACCCGUCGUGGUGUUUGAUAAGUCGGACAAUCAGCUUAUGAAGGUAACGUUCGGACCGAAACUGGUCACCUUCAUCGAUGAGGCUCGCCAUUUGCAGAAUCUGGGAUUGAAGCACACGCCAGAAAUCCUUCGCAACGUUUCCCAUUCGAUGCGUUUUGUUGCACAUGCCCGGCGGCUGCAGCAAGUGGCCACCUUUCACAACACAAUUGGUGGCGUUAUGGUGCCGUGCAUAAGACCGAUUAUGUUAAAAAAUGCGAUCGAGUUUUCGAAACUUGUGAAAAGUGAGUCCGUUUCCUGGAGCGAGGAAGAAUCGGUGGAGCGUUACAUCGAAGCGUUACAGGAGGCGGUCAAGCGGUUGUUGAAAGACAACAAUCUACUUACUGGACAUCAUGAGCAAGCUCGCAAGGCUAUUCUGAAGCUAAUGGACACGGAUCUCAUCCGUCAGGCGAACGUGUGGAAGGAAGAGAUACGCAAUUUGCGCGAUAUCGUUGUGCACAUGGAACGUCAGGGAUAUGGCAAUUUAAACCCUUUCAAGCUGCAUUGGGACCACCAGCUGUAUAAAGUUCUUGAGUACCAGUACAUUGUAGGACUGCUGGAUGUACAUCAAAAGCUACCGGAAAUACACGUAGAUUUAAUAUUUCGUCAGCAACGGAUCCAAUUUCGACCUACGCUAGAAGAAAUUCGCUCGAAGUACUAUUCACAGGUGCGAAGAUUCAUAGAAAAACCCGUCAAUUUUAAGGGUCUUUCGGAUCAGAGUGGUGCGCUGUUUAGAGUUAUGAUUGAUCGAAACUAUCAGCACUUUGGCGUUAUAUACGAGAAGGCAGAAAUUGUGUUCCGUCAGUUGUUGGAAUUUCGCGAUAGCUGGUUACCAUUUGUGGCGCUAGGGAUGGUUGACUUGGAGCAGCUUUGUACGGUACACUGUACGAGUUGGCAGCAUUGGGAUAACAAUUUUCGUGCCUGCAAGCGCUUUAGUCAACAGCUGGCCAGAAUACAGGAACGCGAAAAGGAGAUCGAUUGUUUGAUCGUGAACUAUGCCCCUCUAUGUAGUGAUAUCGAAGCACUUAGCCGACGCUACUGGGAAGCGUUGGCUGGUAGCUUGCGAACGUCCAUUUUGGAUAGUAUUGCAGAGAUCCAAGAGUAUCUGGCGUACUCGUUCAAUGUGCUGCAAAACAUACCACAGGACGAAUUGGGAAUAGCUGAAUCGAGUGCAAAGUAUGAAAAGAUCAUUCACGAUCUACCCAAAAUGGGUGAGCUGAUGAAAUCUCUGCAAGGAAAGGAUUCAUGUUUAGCCGGCUGGUGUAAGGAACGGGUGUCCGCUUUGGGAGGCAUUCUGCUACAGUGGAACCAGCUGCAACCACUGAUUGAUAACCACCAGACGUUGCUGCAAGGUCGACUGGACAUUAUAAAGGAGAACAUUCUACGACAAAUCAAUGAACUAAACGAGGAGGCAGAAAAGUUCUCCAUCCGGUGGGAAUCAACUAUUCGAGAUUUGGAGACAAAUGAAAACGCCGACAUGUCACUGUUCCGUGAACGACAAAGCCAGUGGAAGCAGAUUCUCGGCAAACGAGAAUCAUUGAACAAACAAACGGAAAAAUUCAAUAUAACCGUUCCGAAGGAGUUUAACGAAAUCUUUGCCAAACUCGAGCAGGACAUUACGGAGCAAGGCAAAAAUUGGGAUAUUUUUAAUGAAUUCCUCAACGACUACGAUACUGUGGCGAACGAAGAAUGGACAAUCUAUCGUCGCCGGCCUCAUCUGUUGACGGAUUUUAUUGGCCGCUGGGAAAAGGCACCUGUCGGGCAACCGGUCAGUGUUGCGAGUGCACGCAUCAACAGCACGAUAGAGAGAUAUAAAGGCGCACUGCCUGUACUGACUACACUGCAGUCUGAUGCCUUGAUUGAGAAGCAUUGGGCAAAACUAUGCAUGAUGUUAGCGAUCGAUUCAAAGUCACAGCACGACCUUUGUCUGGGUGAUGUACUGGGUGCUAGUGACAGAUUGCUCGAUCAGGCUGUGGAUAUACAGGCUAUCGUACGCAGUGCAGCUUCCGAGCACGUUAUACGGCAGGCUAUUGUGGAGCUGGAACAGUGGAGUGCUACGGCCAUGUUGAAGCUGAUCGACUACACCGACUCGAAAGGAAAUACGAUGAAGCUCAUAAAAGACUAUGUGGAAACGCUCAACAAGAUAGGUGACAAUCAGUUUCUACUACAGUCUGCCAAGAAUUCGGCAUCAUUCGAGUCAUUUUCCGACCAAGCGGAUGUCUGGGAAGAAAAACUUAACAAUCUCGACUACAUCGUGACGCAUCUGAACCAGAUACAGAAACGAUGGAUCUACCUCGAGCCAAUCUUCGGCGUGGGAACGUUGAAGAAGGAAGAAGCCGUGUUUCGGAGCAUCGACAAAAACUUUCGCUACAUCAUGAAAGAAAUUGCAGACGAUCCGCGAGUUGUUUCGGUGAACAAGAUCAACAAUGUGCUGUCGAUCAUCGAAACGUUGCAGGGACAGAUCACGCGAUGUCAAAACGCAUUAAGUGCGUACAUCAAAUCGAAACGUAACGCUUUUUCGCGCUUUUACUUCCUGUCCGAUGAUGAUCUGCUGGAGCUGCUUGGACAGUCGUCCAAGGAGAGCAUAGUGCAGAAGCACAUUCGAAAGCUUUUUCCCGGCGUUUACCGUCUACUGUUGGAGGACAGCUCGACCAGGGUGAUGGGUUUUGCUAGCGAGGAAGGAGACGAACUUCAACUCGCUGAUCCUAUUACAAUCCAGGGGAUACCCGUCGAGGAUUGGUUAAACGUACUGGUGGAGAAGAUUAAGGACACGUUACGUACAUUACUCGUGCAGUGUUUGCAAGUGACUGAUUCCUUCGAUACCAGCACGAUCGAACGGUUUCCGAUGCAGAUCAUUUGUUUGGCCAAUUCAAUCGCGUUCACCAAACGAACAGAAAAAGCAAUUAUCGGGAUGCAGUUGGCAAAUCUUAAGCAGCACGUGCAGAAUGAAAUCUCAAAGUACUCGGCGCUGCUGCACCAAAGCGAAAGUCAGCUUACGGGCAUUAAGCUGCGAUCGUUACUAAUCGAUCUGGUGUACCAGCAGACCACGGUCGACUACCUGCUUGCACACAACGUGACAAACGUGAGUGACUGGUAUUGGUUGCAGCAGCUCAAGUUCUACGCCGAUCCCAAGGCAAACGUUACGGUACGCAUGGUGUAUGCCGAGUUCCGAUACUCGUACGAGUUUCUGGGCAAUUACAGCAAACUGGUGUACACUUCCUUGGCGCACAACUGUUAUUUGAUCUUAACGCAGGCCAUGCAGUUAGGGCUGGGUGGUAAUCCAUUCGGACCGGCCGGUACGGGAAAGACGGAGUGCGUUAAAUCGCUCGGUGCCAUGCUUGGUCGGUUAGUACUGGUGUUUAAUUGUGAUGAAAAUAUCGAUACGGCCGCGAUGGCUCUCAUUCUCUCCGGUUUGGCACGAUGCGGUGCCUGGGGAUGUUUCGAUGAGUUCAACCGUCUGCAGGAGGCAACACUGUCGUCCAUUUCAAUGCUGAUACAACCACUCCAGCGGGCUCUUAAAGACAAGCAAACGGAAGUCAUCAUGGGCGGCGAAACAAUUCCACUCGAUCAGCAUUGUUGCGUGUUUGUCACACUCAAUCCGGCUGGCGAAGAGUAUGGAGGUCGGCAGCAGCUUCCGCUUAAUCUGCAGGCACUGUUUCGCCCGAUUGCUAUGCAAGCUCCACGACCUCAGCAAAUCGCACGCGUCACACUGUUUGUGGAGGGCUUCAAACACGCGGAUCGACUCGGAGCUCAAAUAGUGGAACUGUUUGAGCUAUCGCACAAGAUUCUUUCCCGGCAAAGACACUACGACUGGGGUCUCAGAGAGCUUAAAGCCGUACUUUUGGCAUGUGGAGGAGCUCUCAAAUGUAUCGAUGGCGAGUCGCGGGAAUACACACAAGAGGCAGCAGUAGUGGUUAACGUUAUUCGGGCGAACUUGAUGUGUCGCCUAAUAAUAUCCGAUGCCAAGCGUUUCGAUGUGCUAUUAACUAACGUGUUUCCUGCAAUACCUAUUGCGACCAGUGCAAAUGUUGAUCUGCGAGCAAAAAUUGUGGAUGCCUUCUCUACAUUGGGCCAGCAGCAAAAUGAUCGUCAGGUGGAGAAAUGUUUGGAGCUUCAGGCACAGCUUCAGAAGCGUAUGGGAGUGGUCGUCAUAGGUCCUCCACAGUCGGGCAAAACGACCAUCAUCGCGCUGCUGAAGGAAGCAUUGAUUGCGCAGGGACAGAUUAUACGCAUCCAUACCAUCUCACCAAAAUCGAUGAACCGUGUGCAACUGCUCGGGAAGCUCGAUCCGGACACACGCCAAUGGACGGACGGUGUUUUAACGUCGAUGGCCGUUGCAGUUAACGCGGAAAGUCGCAAUGUGACGUCGUGGAUUAUCUGCGAUGGGGACGUCGAUCCGGAAUGGAUUGAGGCACUCAACUCGGUGCUGGACGAUAAUCGACUUCUGACGCUCCCCUCCGGUUGGCGCAUUCAGUUCGGUAGCAAUGUAAACUUCAUCUUUGAAACACACGAUCUUUCGACGGCAUCGCCAGCUACAAUUUCCCGCAUGGGUAUAAUCAAUCUGAAUGCAGAGGAUCUACCGUACCAGCUGAUUGUGUCUGGUUGGUUGGCAAGGCACUCGCAAGACGAUAUGCUAAAGUCGUACUUCGAUCAGCAUCUUUACCGAGCUAUCGAUUGGAUUGAAGAACAUCAGGAAAGACCGUCAGGUUAUUCACUGGGAAGUCUCGCACAGUCUGGCCUCGUUGCGAUCGAAAGCGCUAAAAACACGGAUCAAUUUUGUGCCGAUUUACUUUGCGGCUUGAAUGGAGUGCUUGACCAGCCGGCAAAGAAUGCACUCUCCAAUCAGGUAUAUGCUUGGGCAGACAUCGCGAUUACCGACGCUGCAGUGGCCGAGUAUCACUAUUACAACAGCUUCAGAGACAUGAUCGAGAUGUACAGUACGGAUGAUAUUACGGGGGCUACAAUUGAAAAUGGAAGCUAUAUCAAUGUACUUGUCAGGACUCCACUGAUGAAGUUGAAUAGUGACUUGCUUAAGCAUAUUAUUGCUUCUAAGGAACGGCACGUAACUCUGCUUGUCGGUCCAAGCGGUAAUGGGAAGAGUCUACUGCUGCAAACAGUCGUAAGCGAGUUUAGUGGCUAUCAGUUAGUAACGAUCAACUGCAGUGCCCAGCUAACCACGGCCAACAUUCUCUACACGCUCAAACAAAACUCACUGAUCGUAACAACAGUCAAAGGGAAGGAAUAUCGUCCAAACUUCUCCCGCAUUGUGCUGUACCUGAAGAACAUCGAUCUUUGCACGGUGGACUCUUGGGGUACUUGUGAAGUUGUGGAGUUACUGUUACAGCUCAUCAACCGCCACGGGUUCUACUCGGAUGGUGUCGAAUGGAUAAGUGUAAGCGGAGUGCAGGUGUGUGCCUCGGUGACGGAUCUCGAGAAAACGAUACUCUCUCCACGGUUUCUCUCCAUCUGCCGUUUGAUCCGCUUCGGACAACCAACCGAGCAGGACAUGGAAAGCAUCGUACGAAGUAUUUUGCUUCCCGUGUAUAACCAAUUGGUUAAGGGAUCUACACGGUUAAAGCUUCACGAGCUGGUACGUUCUAUCAUCAAUGUGUACAUAAGGAUCAACAAACAGUUUCGCCACAGCGAGACAACGCACUACCGUUUUACGCCAAAAAUGAUCGAGAAGUGGAUAUCGGGUUUGUUGUUCUACACGGAGGAAAACUUUGGCAAAGCUCUGCAGCACGAGUGCAGUCGUAUUUUUCGCGAUCGUCUCGUAUCGGAAAAUGAUCGUGACCAGUUUGAGGAAAUUAUUCGCGAAGAGUUCCAUCAGUUGGAACGGGUGGAACGAAGUGAGUUGUUUGUGCCAAAGGAAGGUGCUCAACGGCGAGGUGACAUGCACAUGAUAUCGUUCGAUCAGUGGCGCACUAUGAUUGACCAUAGUAUUGCUAUUUGUAAUGCAGAGAAUGUCCUGAUUGAUGUACCAAUGAGUAACGCUUUUUGCGAAACGACCGUAGCUAUUUGUCGAGCUUUAUCACGCCCUUGCGUGAACUUGGUUAUGGUUGGAAGAGCGGGAUCAGGCCGACUGAAAGCGCUGUACACGGCUUGUACAAUGCUCAACGUACGCGUAGCGUUUCCUCAGAUGUCGCGCCACUAUUCGAUGGGGGAGUUUAACAACGACCUUAAGAUAGUUAUGCAAAAUUGUGCACUCGAGAAUGAACCCGUUGCCUUCUUUUUGCACCAUGCCGUAGCCAGUUAUCUGCCGGAUGCAAUGAAAACCUGUGAAGCAAUACUAGCCGGUGGAGAUUUGGCGGACUUUUUCGGCGAUGAUUUAGAAAACAUUGCCGCACCAUUGAAACCUCAAGCAGCUUUGGAAUCGUUUCAGAUGUCACUGGGGGCGUACUUUAUUCAACGUUUACGAUCAAACUUCCAUCUGGUGGUGAUCUUAGAAUCGGGAUCGCCCACCGUACGAACGCUCUUUGAGAGCUACCCUGCAUUGCAUCAGAAAUCGGAAAUGAUAUGCAUACUGUCGGAAGCCGUAUCUAGUGCGGAAGCUUUGAGAAAUUACCUCGCGGUAAUUGGAGUCACUGGCGAUGCUUUACAACAAUCUAAACAGGAACCGAGCGUGAUCGUACCACUACCGGUGUACUUCAACGAUUUAAUUGUUUUGAAACUUUCCGAUUGGAGUGUUUGUCCGUUGCGGCGUAUUUAUUUAAUACGCACGUACUUCCAUCUGUACGGACAGGAGAAGACCCAGAAGGAACAGUAUAAAGCAAAGAUUCAGAUAGGUGUCGAUAAGCUUUCGGAAACGCAUCGCGUCGUGGAGCAGUUAAAGGCUGUGGCUGAAGAGAAACAGCAAGCUUUGGCGGAAAAGCGCAAACUAGCGAACCAAUCACUCGAUAUGAUCUCUAACACGAUGAGUUCGGCAAACGAUAAGAAAACGGAACUUCUUGAACUGCAGCGCCAGGCCCAGGAGAGCAGCGAGAAGCUUAUCGAACGGAAGCGGGCCAUUGAAGAGGAACUCAGCCUGGUGGAACCGACGUUGCGUGAGGCAAGUGCCGCUGUGGGUCAGAUCAAAACAGAGGCCUUAUCCGAGAUACGAUCACUACGCGCUCCGCCGGAAAUCGUUCGCGACAUUCUGGAAGGUGUGUUACGUCUGAUGGGCAUUCGGGAUACUUCCUGGAAUAGUAUGAAAACGUUUUUGGCCAAGCGUGGUGUUAAGGAGGACAUUCGUUCCCUGGAUCCAUCUCGUAUAAGUCCGGAAAAUUGUGCCUCCGUUGAGAAGCUGCUGCAGGCUAAAUCGGAAUCGUACGAGCAACGCAAUGCGAAGCGUGCUUCCGCGGCAGCAGCUCCACUGGCCGCGUGGGUUAUAGCGAACGUCAAGUACGCGAAGGUGAUGCAGAGCAUCAAACCACUCGAACGGGAACAAAAUCUGCUAAAGGAAAACCUUGACAAAGCCGAGUCGGACAUGCAAUCGUUGUCCAGUGGGCUGGAUAAUGUGAACGAUACCGUGCGUAGUCUGUCCGAGCAGCUAAACGUGUACACGCAAGAGGCAGCCAUGUUGGAGAUUAAAUUGGACGAAGCGAAAAAUACACUUCACACGGCAGAAAUAUUAGUUCAAAAUCUGAACAGCGAGUAUACAAGCUGGAGUAAGGAGCUGGACGAAUUGAACGAUGCAAUUGCACACCUAGAUGGAAGAUGUUUUAUGACUGCUCUAAAUAUAACCCACCUUUCGCAGAUGAGUCUCGACGAAAGAAAGGCCUGCAUGGCUAAGCUAGCCGAAGUAACAAAUACGCCAGCGUUCAAUUUAGAUGAACAAUUGAUCUCCAACCAAGACAAAAUUAUAUGGGAAAGUAUGGGUUUAAGUGCGGAUCAACAGUAUCGCGAAAAUGCCGCAAUGCUCGUAAAGUUCCUUUCGCUUUCGUACUUCUCUACGCCCAUUCCAUUGCUGAUCGAUCCAUCCGAAUAUGGGCAGCAGUGGUUGACCAACUAUCUGACGUACCUGAACCGCACGUUUGAGCUAACGAGCCAAGGUGCGGAACGAUUUGCUUACAGUUUGGAAUUAGCGGUACGGUUCGGCAAAAUAUUGAUCGUUAAAAAUGUGAAUGCCAUACAGGCACCAUUGCUUUCACUGUUCUGUACGGCCGUGCAGAGUCACUUCAACAAGAAGUUACUGCACGUUGGGAACAAAACGGUUGAUCUUCACGACGACUUUAAGCUAAUUCUGAUUACACAAAACGAAACACUAGCACUCGAUGAGGACUUGCGGGCACAGUUGAUGAUGCUAAAGUUUACUACCACCACGGCCGGACUGACGGAUGUGCUGACGUACAAAUGGGUACACAUAAAGCAGCCGGAAAUCGAACGAAAGCGCACCGAGCUGCUCCAGGAAGAGGGUAAACUUAUGAAGGAAAAGCUAAAUCUGCAAGAUAAGCUACUGCAGGAACUUUCGUCAGCUCAGGGCGAUAUACUGAAGAAUGAGCCGUUGCUCAACACGCUAAAUAGCAUCAAGGGUAGUGCGAGUGCUAUUGAAAAAUCGCUGGAAGAAUUUACGCAUGUUCGUGACACAAUAAUGGAGCACUACACGCAACGAACCACGCUCAGCGAGAUGGCCGCUCGGCUGUACAUGGGACUCCGCCGAUUCUAUUCAAUGAACGUAGGAAAAUAUGUCACAAUAUUCCUGAGUGUGAUUGAUAACGAUAAACACGCAGUUCAAGAUGAACUGUACAGAAUUCUGGUACGGAGAGUGUUCUCGCUGCUUAGUCGAAGCAUUCCUAAGGACGAACAGAUCAUCCUAGGAUUAAACGUAUGCAAACAAGCCUUUCCCGAUCUGCUUCCGGAGCGAGAAUGGGAAUCAUUUGUGCAUAACUUUACCAACGUUGACGCAUCGACCACCGAUGGGCAGUGUCCUCGAUGGAUACGGCCAGAGCUGGGCGGUAAAGUUCUAGCUCUGCAAACCUUACACCCGGAACUUUACGGGCGCCUUGAGUUGACAAAUGAAACGGCCUGGAAGAAGUACAUCGAAGCGGAUGAAGCUAUUGCCCCCGUGUCCUUAAGUGAGUUCCAACAGAUACUGAUCGCCCAAAUAUUAAGACCAGAUUUGCUCACAAAAACUAUUCAACGAUCGGUGCGGAACAUGCUGGGAGUGAAAAGUCUUUACAGCACACGACCGUCGAUCAAAAGCCUUGCAGAAGAGUCAACUUCGGCGGAACCGCUGCUGUUGGUUACGUCUUCUGGGAUGGAUCCUUCGGAAGAAAUUCGAGACCAUGCACGGCUAACUCCGGGCGUUGGUUUGACAAAGUACAAUGAGUUUUCGAUUGGUAAGGGACAAGAAAUGGAAGCACUGAAGUUAGUGAAGGAUGCGGCCAACACAGGUAGUUGGAUUUGCAUCAAAAACGUUCACACGGUACCACAAUUCUUGACCACCACGUUGGAUGAUGCACUCAAAACGGUGUCCCUGGCGGACGGAUUUCGGCUUUGGUUAACAUCGGAAACGGAUCGUGACAUUGGUGAAGCGUUUCAGAAGAAGUGCAACAAGGUACUGUAUGAACCGCCGGCUGGUUUGAAGCACAAGCUGAAACUACUGCUGGAACAACACUCGCAAAGCAUUGCUGCAAAAAAGCGAGAUUACAAAACGAUCAAACUGUACGUGGGACUCUUUCUGCUGCAUUCCAUCGUCCAAGAAAGACGAUCGUAUAUUCCUCAGGGAUGGAGUAAGCGGUAUGAUUUCUCAGACGCUGAUCUACGGACCGCCAUGGACAUGAUUCAGUACGUAGAAAAUGCUGCCACUGGAAGUACUCAAAAAAUUCCUUGGCCUUUGGUACAAGGCUUAAGCGAAAAGCUUAGCUACGGUGGCAGAAUAGACAACGAUCAAGAUUUCAACCGGUUGGAAUGUCUCAUAAGAGAAUUUAUCGAUGAAAAGAUUAUGACCAGCCGCUGGCAGCCGAUGUUUCUCAAUAUAAAUGUACCCAAUUCGAGUCACGUCGAGGAUUAUGUGAAAGCAUUUGACCAACUCCCGGAUACAGACAGUCCUACGCUUUACGGUAUUCCUGCCUCAACGAAUGCCUCGCGGGAUCUUAUAUUCUGUCGCAAUACGCUAAAAAUAUUGCGCUCACAGUAUUUCUCCUCCGGUACAGUCCAGAACUUUGACAAACGACUUCGGCCGAUUGUAAGUUUGUGGAACAAACUGGUCACUUCGUCGAACAGUUCUUCUUCCUCAGGAACUGUGGCGUCAAUUAUUGGCAAACUCAAUUCGCUCGUGGAACGUUCACGCGAUAGUACCGAGCCGUGGAUGAUUUUUAUCGUAUCAGAGCUGACGGUUGCUAGAAAUCUUUAUACCACGAUCAGCGAAAGUUUCCAAGCACUGAAAGUUGCCUUAAAAGAUGCUGGGCUUCUGAAUGCCAAGGAUCGCUCACUGUUGACGACAAUUUGUGAUAAUCUGGUGCCGAUCCAGUGGCGUCGUGUUUGGAGUGGACCGAAAACAGUCAUCGAAUACCUGAGAGCGGUUUCGUUCAAGAAAAACCAUACGGAGCGAAUGUAUGGAAUGUUACUCGAACGGGCUAGCAUUGAUCAAAUCGAUUUCAACCAUCUGUUCAACGUGGAAGCGAUGCUGACGGCACUGAAGCUGAGCAGAUCUAAACAGGCGGCCAUUUCUACCACAGAGCUAUCACUGUGCGCUACCUUUGGUGUUGGUGUAUCGGCAAAGAAGGGAAUAUUAGUUGCUUCACUUUUGAUUGAUGGAGGUACACUGAAGCAGAAUAAAUUAGCCAUUCAACAAUCAGCCCUACAUCAAGGACCGGAUGUUAAUGCGACAGGUGCGUUUGAGCUAAACUAUGAGCCGCGUGAAUCGACAACAAUAAGCAAAACAUCCACACGGGAUGAUGUGUUACCGGUGCCACUGUAUAACAACAUUUCGCGUGAUGUGCUGCUUUGUACGAUUACGAUGGAAGUUGCACCGGGUUUGAGCAAAACGCAACUCAUUUCGGCCGGUAUAGCGCUGAUAGUCCCUGAAAGUUAUCAGUAGGGAUAUCUUAAAACAUAAUAUUUUCUUCGCCUUUAAGUGGAAAGGAGGCUCUUUGCACGACAAGCUAGAUUAGUUCUUAAGGAUAGAAUAUGUACACAUUUAUUUCACUAUUAGUCUCGAUCUACCUACCAACGGGGUACGGGGUUUCUUCAUAGUUCAGUCGCACAAGAAACUGAGUAAUAAAGACUAACUUUUCACAUCCUC